AUGUCUGAAUUGGAGGAUCUGUCAAGGGCACAGAUCCAGGAAUGGCUGGAAGGUUACCACCGCAGCAGCGCGACUCUCGAUGCUACCAAAUGGUGUUCUGAAUAUAUGACUGACGACACCGAACUCCAAUAUGCCAACAACCCUGUGACCAAAGGGCAAGAGGUCCGUGAUAUGUUCGCCCAAGUCUUCCUGCAACUGGACCUUAUGGAACACGAGAUCGUCUACUUCGACUACGUUGCGCCGCGAAUAUACCAAGCAGCACGGAUUCGAUAUCGUGUCAAGGGUGAUAUGUCCGAGCAGGAGAUUGUCAUUCAGGGUUUCGCGACAUUCUAUCUUCAGGAGGACGAAGACAAAGUCUUGAAAUGUAGUCGAGCUGAAGUCUAUCUUGAUCCAAGUCCGCUCUUUGCGAGGAUCGCCGAGAAGGCUAAUGUUGAUGCGUGA